UAAGUUUUCACAACAUUUUAAUUUAGCAACAAAGUGCAUUGCUUGGUAUUUUAUGCGGUUUCUUUCUCAAUUUCAAUUAUUAUUAAAAUGAAAAAUACAUGUUUACGUACAGUAUCACUAUUUUCACUAUUUUCAAUCAGCGCGUUAAACAGAAAGAACAGCCAAUUCUUCCAAAUAUGUAUAGGAUAAUAUGGUUACCACAUCUACUUGGCAGCCUAAUGUCAGUCCGUGCAAGUUCGUGUUCUCAAUGUAGCUAAAGUCUUGAUCGAUAAGAAAUUAAUCCAGACCAUGUCACGUCAAAGUAUAAAACAAGACACCAACCAAAGAACGAUGUCAGCAUUAUCAAAAAGAUUGCGACAAAUAGUAGGCGGAAGCGUAGGAGUAGGAGGAGGGGGAUCAAACUUUAUUACUUACCUUUCUAUUAUUGGUAUAGUUAUAAUGCUAAUGGGUUUCAUGGUCUGUUUGAUCUCCCGUUAUUGCUGUGGCAAAGACCAAGAAGAAGAAGACGAUGAUGCGUAUUCUAAAGAAUAUGAAAUUAACAGGAAUAAUCCAACCUCCACUGAUCAGUUGGACCUUCAUAUGCUAAAGUUAAUUUUAUUAGCAGAACAGGCUAAGAAUAUCUCUAACCUCCAUGCAUAUGGCCAGCAACACGGCGAACAGUCCACUGCAGAUGUACAAAUUGAACCUCGAGAACAGAUGGGAUCCCCUCAACUGAUAUUAUAUACUUCUCGUCAGAUGACGUCAUAUGAAGCAAACACAACGGACGAAAACCCAAUGAUAUCAGAUAUACGGAGUGGACCUCAUGAACAAAUUGGACUCUCUCGGCUAAAAUUAGACACUAACAGAUCGACGACAUUAUAUGUCGCAAAUACUAGUAUUACGGAGGAAACCCCGAUGAUAUCAGAUAUACAAAGUGGGCCUUGGGAACAGAUGAGGCUCUCUCGGCUAAAAUUAGAUGCUAAUAGACUGCCCACGUCUAAUGACGCCAAUGACAGGGAGAAAACCCAAAUAACAUCAUGUGUAUAAGGAAAGACACAGCUUCCACAUUGUCAUAGUUUCCGGUGCAUACGAAGCCUUUUUAAGUAAUAGCAUAACAUUUAUUAUGUUCAUUUUCUUGUGUGUAAUAUGUAUUUGAGAAAAAGAUUAAAGUUGUCGUAUGAUUGCGAUUUUUCAUUGUAUCGUUAAAUUAACGAAAAGAUUUGUUUUCAAUUCUUUUACAAACAAUUUUAAAAAUUGUCAUCUUAAAAAUAAUAUCAGUGAUGGCAAGACUGUUGUUUUGAACCUGUUUAUAUGUAAAAUUCAUAAAACGGCAUUGGAUCAUUAUUAUUUUUCUUUAUAUAGAAUUUUAUUUAUGUUUUUAAAAGAAUGUUUUUUUUAAUCUCAAUUAUGUUUUUAAAAAUGAAUGAAACUACAAGCUAUUAGAACUUUCACUUUUUUAAAUGUCUUAAUCAGACAAUAUU